AAGCCACAGUACGGAUAUUAUCUCACCACAAAGAUCAAUGUUGUAUAUGCGUCUGUGACGAAGAAUUGUUGCACUGUUAUGUUAUUCUAGCAUUAAUUUCCAUGGUCUUCCUCCUCCAUCUUCCGUUAUCAACUCACAACUGCACUGCAUCAAGCGCUAAAAUGCGCCAUGAGCGACUAGUGCUCACAUCCGAUACGCAUCUCGAGGACUGUUGAAUCGGACGGCCAUGGCUGGAUGGAUAUCAUCGAAGCUCAAAGUUGCAGAAACCUUACUUCAACAGAUCGAUCAGCAAGCGGCAGAGUCUCUGGGGAAGAACGAGAGGCCGCAAUCAGAUGAACUUGAUGAGAAGAUUCCCGCAAAAUCUGGAGGGGUUCUGCCUCUGAAAGAUCAGCUGAAGAAAAAAACACAAGAAAGCUAUGAUUUCCAGGGGAAAUUGCACAGCGAUCCCAAUGUCAAUGUGCUUAAUAGUCAAGAUCGGGACAAAGAGGUUACGAGUCCAUCAAAACCUUUUUCGAGCCCUAGGUCUAAUCUUACGGACAGUGACUGGACUGAACUCCUCAGCACGCCCAAUCAAGAGACCCCAUUUGGGGCGAAUCGGACUAAUGGAACGUCUGGGAUUCGUGGUCUGCGGAAAGAUGGGCGGAGGCAGGCGAGUUCAGGUUUGAAUUUGUCAGGACUGGAAGCGAAGAGGAAUUAUAGGAGUAAUAAUAGUGCUUCGAAGCCUCAGCGAAGGUCUGAUGUUGGACCAGGAAAUAGAGAGAAUGCAGGUGGAUUGGAUAGGAAAUUGAGUGAUGAGAAAGAGUUGGGACGUUCAGACUCAGUGGAUAGAACAUCGAGGGCUGAGUUGCGAAAUGAUGGUAAGUGUGUGGAAGCACAAGAAUCGGAACUUGUGAUGGCGGUGAGAGAUGACGCGAAUCCAGAAAGGAGUGUUGAGGAUGGAAGGAGGAUUAUAUCUAAGGGGCAUUCAGUUGAUAAAAAUCAUCCUUUGGAAACAAAAUUGGUGGCUGAAAGAGGUGAUAGGAUACCUGAUAUGAAUAAGGCAAUCAAUGAUGAGCAGAAAAGGUUAGGGGAGUCAAAUGCUGGCUUGGGGAGUUCAGUCUCUCUUGAGUUGAAAGGAACUACUUCUGUAAGUGAUGAAAGGUCUGAUUCAGAUACAGACUCUGCUUCCUCGUCUGACUCAGAAAGUGCACGCAUCAGGGAGGAAAGGAAAAGGAGAAGAAAGCAGAUUCUGGCCGAGAAACAGGCAGCUAAAGCUGUUGCGGCAAUCAAAGAACGCGAGAAUAUGGUUGCAAGGUUGGAGGGGGAGAAAGAAAGCUUAGAGAAAAUACUUGAAGAGAGAGAGAAACAGCAAGCACAAGAGGCUUCAGAACUCCAGACAACAAUGAUGGAAACAAUGGAAGCUGUUGAGUUAGAGAAGCAGAAACAUAAUAAUACUAGAAUGGAAGCCCUUGCAAGAUUGGCUAAGCUUGAGACUGUCAAUGCUGAACUUGCAAGAUCCCUGGCUACUGCCCAAUGGAAUCUUGAAGUAGAGGUUAAUCGGGUGGCAGAAAUCCGGCAACAAAUUGAAUUGAAAGAAGUUGCCCUUGAAGAACAAAGGAGGAUCUCCAAUGCUCAUCAGAUGGGAACCUCUCUAAGCCAUUUGGUGGCUGCAAAAGGAGUUGAAUUUGAGAAAGAGAUACUUGAGGCGGAGUACUCUUUCAUUACUGACAAAAUUGGACGGUUGCAAGACAAG